GUUGUGAGAAAUGCAUUAAAAUGCAGAAGUGUCUGCAGUGAAGACUACUACUCAGGAAAAAUUCCCCAAGAUAUUUUCUACUUCUAGCUCUUCUGCUCCAUAUGCCAGAAAGAAUGGGAAGAGGCAAGAUGUCCACAUACCAUUAUGGAGAAAAGAUUUUGAGGGUUUGGAUUCUUGGAUGUACAUGUAGGUGCUUAUUUUAAAAUGUCAGCAACAUAUUUCAAAUAAUAUUACUUCUUUAUCUUUUGAACCAUCAGCUGUUUAUUUGACUAAAGAUUGUUGUUAGCAAUAAUAAUAAUUGGUGGCAUCUAUUGAGUGCUAGAUACCAAGCAGUAUGGUAGUAUUUUGCUUAUAUUAUUUAAUUCUGAUCUCAAUUCUAUAAAACAGGGAAAGACAUUAUUUUCUCUUUUUUAUAAAUGAAGACACUGAAGUAUUGAGCAGUUAAAUCACCUGUUCUGAACUAUAUAGGCAGUAAUAGUGGGCAGGGCUGUAACUCAGGUCUAUCUGAUUUCAAACUUUCUCUCAACCAGUACAUUGCAUUUCCCUCUCAUGCAGAGCUGCUCAGGCACCAGAGUAUUUAAAAUAACAUUUAUAAUAAAUAUGGCCUUACUUGGAGGGCCAUUAAAAGAUGUUGUUAACAAGUUCAUAGUUUCACUUUCUCUAGACUAGUGAUUGUUACCUGGAAGACAUUUAGACUGCCAUCUCUCUAGAUAAAGGAAUAGCUUUUAAAACUCUUGCUUCCUUCAAAGAAUAUGUAAAGUAUUAAUGGAAUAAACAUUUUGUUUUCCAGAGUAAUACAUGUGAAAAAAAUCUUCAAAGUAAAAUAGGCAAAUGAAUAUCAAAGAAGCUUAUUUUAGAAUGUAAUCCUAUGAGAGAGAGGGCAGUCUUGAAAGAUUAAAAAAGAUUCUUUUUAUGAUUAUGAAUUUGAAACAGCUGGAAUGAAUGCAGUCAUGAGGAUCAUUUCUGAAAGUGAGGUAUAUAGAAAGUUAAAAGACUCAUCGCUUGGUACUGAGAUCACCUGCUUCGUAACAGACAGAAAUAGAAGAGUACAAGUGUUAAGAAUUCAUUCUGCCUUCCCUGUGCUUUUGUCGCUUUAUUUUUAGAGCUCUGCUAGCAGCAGUUGGGAGCAGGGUUUGCCCUUAUGCGCCUGCUCAGUCAGACUCACCUUCUCUCUUGCAGUCUGCCUCCCUUGACAGGUGUGAGGGACUUCCUAAGUGUCGCAAGCCAGACACCUGGCAUCAGCCACCCCGAUGUAGCGUGCACCUUCAGACCACUGAGCUCAUGAAAGAGUAUCAAGUCAUGGGUGGAUAAGAUGCAAGAAGACCUUGUCACACUGGCAAAAACAGCAAGUGGAGUCAAUCAGCUUGUUGAUAUUUAUGAGAAAUAUCAAGAUUUGUAUACUGUGGAACCAAAUAAUGCACGCCAGCUGGUAGAAAUUGCAGCCAGGGAUAUUGAGAAACUUCUAAGCAACAGAUCUAAAGCCCUGGUGCGCCUGGCAUUGGAAGCGGAGAAAGUUCAAGCAGCUCACCAGUGGAGGGAAGAUUUUGCAAGCAAUGAAGUUGUCUACUAUAAUGCAAAGGAUGAUCUUGAUCCUGAGAAAAAUGACAGUGAGCCAGGCAGCCAGAGGAUAAAACCCGUUUUCAUUGAAGAUGCUAAUUUUGGACGACAAAUAUCUUAUCAGCAUGCAGCAGUCCAUAUUCCUACUGACAUCUAUGAGGGCUCAACAAUUGUGUUAAAUGAACUCAACUGGACAAGUGCCUUAGAUGAAGUUUUCAAAAAAAAUCGAGAGGAAGACCCUUCACUGUUGUGGCAGGUUUUUGGCAGUGCCACUGGCCUGGCUCGAUAUUAUCCAGCUUCACCAUGGGUUGAUAAUAGUAGAACUCCAAACAAGAUUGACCUUUAUGAUGUACGCAGAAGACCAUGGUACAUCCAAGGAGCUGCAUCUCCUAAAGACAUGCUCAUUCUUGUGGAUGUGAGUGGAAGUGUUAGUGGAUUGACACUUAAACUGAUCCGAACAUCUGUCUCCGAAAUGUUAGAAACCCUCUCAGAUGAUGAUUUCGUGAAUGUAGCUUCAUUUAACAGCAAUGCUCAGGAUGUAAGCUGUUUUCAGCACCUUGUCCAAGCAAAUGUAAGAAAUAAGAAAGUAUUGAAAGAUGCGGUGAAUAAUAUCACAGCCAAAGGAAUUACAGAUUAUAAGAAGGGCUUUAGUUUUGCUUUUGAACAGCUACUUAAUUAUAAUGUUUCCAGAGCAAACUGCAAUAAGAUUAUUAUGCUGUUCACGGAUGGAGGAGAAGAGAGAGCCCAGGAGAUAUUUACCAAAUACAAUAAAGAUAAAAAAGUACGUGUAUUCACGUUUUCAGUUGGUCAACACAAUUAUGAUAGAGGACCUAUUCAGUGGAUGGCCUGUGAAAACAAAGGUUAUUAUUAUGAAAUUCCUUCCAUUGGUGCAAUAAGAAUCAAUACUCAGGAAUAUUUGGAUGUUUUGGGAAGACCAAUGGUUUUAGCAGGAGACAAAGCUAAGCAAGUCCAGUGGACAAAUGUGUACCUGGAUGCAUUGGAACUGGGACUUGUCAUUACUGGAACUCUUCCGGUCUUCAACAUAACCGGCCAAUUUGAAAAUAAGACAAACUUAAAGAACCAGCUGAUUCUUGGUGUGAUGGGGGUAGAUGUGUCUUUGGAAGAUAUUAAAAGACUGACACCACGUUUUACACUGUGCCCCAAUGGGUAUUACUUUGCAAUCGAUCCUAAUGGUUAUGUUUUAUUACAUCCAAAUCUUCAGCCAAAGCCUAUUGGUGUAGGUAUACCAAGAGUUAAUUUAAGAAAAAGGAGACCCAAUAUCCAGGAGCCAGUAACAUUGGAUUUCCUUGAUGCAGAGUUAGAGAAUGAUAUUAAAGUGGAGAUUCGAAAUAAGAUGAUUGAUGGGGAAAGUGGAGAAAAAACAUUCAGAACUCUGGUUAAAUCUCAAGAUGAGAGAUAUAUUGACAAAGGAAACAGGACAUACACAUGGACACCUGUCAAUGGCACAGAUUACAGUUUGGCCUUGGUAUUACCAACCUACAGUUUUUACUAUAUAAAAGCCAAACUAGAAGAGACAAUAACUCAGGCCAGAUCAAAAAAGGGCAAAAUGAAGGAUUCGGAAACCCUGAAGCCAGAUAAUUUUGAAGAAUCUGGCUAUACAUUCAUAGCACCAAGAGAUUACUGCAAUGACCUGAAAAUAUCGGAUAAUAACACUGAAUUUCUUUUAAAUUUCAAUGAGUUUAUUGAUAGAAAAACUCCAAACAACCCAUCAUGUAACACAGAUUUGAUUAAUAGAGUCUUGCUUGAUGCAGGCUUUACAAAUGAACUUGUCCAAAAUUACUGGAGUAAGCAGAAAAAUAUCAAGGGAGUGAAAGCACGAUUUGUUGUGACUGAUGGUGGGAUUACCAGAGUUUAUCCCAAAGAGGCUGGAGAAAAUUGGCAAGAAAACCCAGAGACAUAUGAGGACAGCUUCUAUAAAAGGAGCCUAGAUAAUGAUAACUAUGUUUUCACUGCUCCCUACUUUAACAAAAGUGGACCUGGUGCCUAUGAAUCGGGCAUUAUGGUAAGCAAAGCUGUAGAAAUAUAUAUUCAAGGGAAACUUCUUAAACCUGCAGUUGUUGGAAUUAAAAUCGAUGUAAAUUCCUGGAUAGAGAAUUUCACCAAAACCUCAAUCAGAGAUCCGUGUGCUGGUCCAGUUUGUGACUGCAAAAGAAACAGUGAUGUAAUGGAUUGUGUAAUUCUGGAUGACGGUGGGUUUCUUUUGAUGGCAAAUCAUGAUGAUUAUACUAAUCAGAUUGGAAGAUUUUUUGGAGAGAUUGAUCCCAGCUUGAUGAGACACCUGGUUAAUAUAUCAGUUUAUGCUUUUAACAAAUCUUAUGAUUAUCAGUCAGUAUGCGAGCCUGGUGCUGCACCAAAACAAGGAGCAGGACAUCGCUCAGCAUAUGUGCCAUCAAUAGCAGACAUAUUACAAAUUGGCUGGUGGGCCACUGCUGCUGCCUGGUCUAUUCUACAGCAGUUUCUCUUGAGUUUGACCUUUCCACGACUCCUUGAGGCAGUUGAGAUGGAGGAUGAUGACUUUACAGCCUCCCUGUCAAAGCAGAGCUGCAUUACUGAACAAACCCAGUAUUUCUUCGAUAACGAUAGUAAAUCAUUCAGUGGUGUAUUAGACUGUGGAAACUGUUCCAGAAUCUUUCAUGGUGAAAAGCUUAUGAACACCAACUUAAUAUUUAUAAUGGUUGAGAGCAAAGGGACAUGUCCCUGUGACACACGACUGCUCAUACAAGCAGAACAGACUUCUGAUGGUCCAAAUCCUUGUGACAUGGUUAAGCAACCCAGAUACCGAAAAGGGCCUGAUGUCUGCUUUGAUAACAAUGUCUUGGAGGAUUAUACUGACUGUGGUGGUGUUUCUGGAUUACAUCCCUCCCUGUGGUAUAUCUUCGGAAUCCAGUUUCUACUACUUUGGCUGGUAUCAGGCAGCAGACACCGCCUGUUGUGACCUUCUGAAACCAAAUCUGCAUAAUUAAACUCCAGACCCUGCCAGAACAUGAGCCCUCAAUUACAUUAAAGUAGGGUCAGCUAUAAAAUCAGACAGAUAUUACCUGGGCCUAUACCAUGGCAUAACACUAAGGCGCAGACUCCUAAGGCACCCACUGGCUGCAUGUCAGGGUGUCAGAUCCUUAAACGUGUGUGAAUGCUGCAUCAUCUAUGUAUAACAUCAAAGCAAAAUCCUAUACGUGUCCUCUAUUGGAAAAUUUGGGAGUUUGUUGUUGCAUUGUUGGUGAUUACAUGUGAAAGGGUUCCCCAUACAAUUGUUUAUGAAUCAUAAGAAAUGUCUUGAUAUUGACCUGGAAUUUUGACUUGUUGCAGUUUUACUAAGAAAAUCUCUAAGGGGAAAGAAAUUAUUUUUGCCUUCACUUAUUCUUCUGUUAAAACUUAAUUCCUGCUUUGAGUAUAAAUUAUUGAAAUGUAUAGAGAAAGAAUUAACAUUGGUCUAAAUUGUUGAAACACAAAUAAUGGCUAAUUUUCUAUGAAAAAUUUGCCAUGAAUCAAAUGCCUUAUGAAGAAUGGCUUCUUUGCCAAAAAUAAAACACAAUUGAUGACCAAUUAAAUUUUGAUGGAGUAAUGAACUGAUGGUUUGAAAAUAGUACCUAAGAAAUUAUUAAACUAAAGGUGCUUGAGGGAGAAAUUAGAAUAUGUGACAUAUUUCCUCAUAAAUGUAAGCAAGCCCUUAAUAAGUGCUUUGAUGUAAUGUUUCUUUUGUUCACAGUAAUGUAGUGCUAGCCAGAUAUUUAAAAAUGCUCUAAGAAAAGCUUGUUGGGGGGAGGGGGAAAUGUUUUUCUUGUGAUAAAUGAACUUUGGUUUACCAAGGGUAUUUUGCAUGAUGCUGCUGCUAUUUUAACUUUUCAGUUCUUUUUUCUCUUACUGUAGAGUGUAGUCAUUGAAAAGUUAACUGAGUGAUAUUAUUGUUAUGUAAGAAUCUGAACCUUGCAGUGUAAAUGCACUUAAGUCAUCUUUUAAAAUGUUGUUAAACUACUCUGAAUAUACUGUGCAAUGUAAAUGCUGAAUGAUUGGGGUUAGAUAAAUGGUGAAAUGAGAAUUAAUGAAUUUUAUACAGAUUCGUGCUUUCGCCUGAUAACCUAUGUACAGAUAUUUUAAGUACAUAAAUCAGAUUUGACACAUUUAUUUUUUGAAAAGUACAUAUAUGUUCUCAAUGAAGAUUCAUCCUAGGUUUCCUCUUUGUUCGUUUCAAUAGUAGCACAUACAAUCCAAAAGUUCCUGCUACUGCUGCUUUUGCCCUUCCAUUUUAAAUGGUAUGAUCGUUUGACCAAAAUUUCCAUGCAAUUUGAUAAGGGUUUUACAAUAAUCUGAACAAAUAGGAAACCUUGAAUCUCUAUGUAUGCACAUGAAUACUUGAUUGUGAAUAAUAAAAGUUGUUUUUUAUACAGCCUCAUUGGUGAAAAUGGUUAGUGUAGUAAAUCAGAUAUUUCAUUAUAGACUAAUACGGUAGCAGAUUAUUUAUGCUUUUAAAAAUUAUUUUCUGGAGCAAACAGUAUUUGAAGAAAGGGUAAAAACUAUGAAUGUGUAAUUCUAAGAAUAGUUAAUAAUUUUACUGAAGGCUGAACGUAUGUAGAUAUUUUUUAUGAUAAAAUGCAGUUUUUCUUUUUUUGCAACAUGCCAAUUAAAGGUAUGUGUAUAUGCUGGAAAUUUUCUUACAUAUCCUUUUUAAGUCCAAGUUAUUAACAUUAUCCAGCAUGCUUUAAUAUGCUCCACAUAUCAAAGAUAUAACCAAUAAUUUAACGUAGUUUAAAAGAUAAUAUUUGUUUUGUUUUUAGCUUUGCAUACAUUUGUAAUUCCCUCCCACCACCAAUAUACCUUAGGUACCAUUUGUGUACAUUUCUUUAUUUAAGAUUUUUUUUUUUCAAUAAAAAGGGGGGAGGGGGAAAUGGAAUCACUUUGCCAACUAUUGUUCUAAGAGUUGACAUCAGUUACCAUUUCUAAUGCAUUGUUGUGAUUUUGUAGUGUCAUUCAUAACUGGUAUUAACAUUUUAGAAAACACCAAAGUGAUUUAAAAUAUAUGUGGAAAAAAACUUCUCUAGUAACAACGUUUAAAUCAUGUUGUUUGUUCAAUAUUUAAAAGUUAUUGUUCAAUUUUUGCUAGACUAUCUUAAAUCAUGAUAGUGUUGGGAAGGGGGUAUCAAAAUAUAAAAUUGUUAGUUUGUGUAUAUAAACAAUGCACAUUAAAACAAUUGAAUUGCUUCCAGCAUACAACAAACUACCUUAAAAUUAUGUUCAAAAUCUAUUAAAUAUAUUUUCAUGGCUAAUGUCGAUUAUAUGUUUUCAUCAAUUACACUGUUAUUGUAUUAAUCGCAGUUAAACUUGGCAUCUCUUGGCAGGAUCCUAUUUGAUUUCUAUUGCCAUCAAAAUAUAUUUAUAUGCAUGAGUUUUGCUAUAAACCUUUAUUUUCUGCUAUAAAGUUAUAUAUUAUUGACAAAUUGACAAAUACAAUUAUAAAUUGGGUAAGAACAAGCUGAUUAAAAAUUGUUCCCAUGACUAAUAUUAGUCUUCAUGCUUUUAGCAUACUUUUCUUUAAGACAGUAACACUCAUCCCAUCAAAUUAUUAUAUUACAUUUAGUAUUUUUCUGUGUUAUGUUGACAAGAACUUAAAUUAUAGCCUGUUAUUAAUAUUGAUUUCCAACGACUGAACAGUAUAACAGAUCAAUAAAAAAAUUUAUACACUGAUUUUACUAUUUAAUUUUUGUUAUCCUCAUGUGGCUUAAUGUAGUUAGUCACUAAAACAGAAUUCAAGUAAGCUUGGCGAUGGUGUUGAGUAACAAGAAAGAAUUUUGCAUUAAUGAUUUCUUUAUAUUUUCCUCAUUUAAACAACCAGCAUUACUGCCAAACACCAACCGUGGUCCAUAUUUGUAACAGGUUUUUAACAUGACAUAGUUAGCAAGUUUGAUUGAAGAGAUUUUUAGGUCCUGGGCCUAUAAGAUUUUAGUAUGAUCUUUUUUCAUGUUUCUAAUGCCUGAGGCAUUACUGCUUAACUUGGGGAAAAAUAAAACAGUGUUGCUGCCAUUUGUAAGUUUUCCUAUAAUAUUCCUUUUAUUAACUUUAAAACUGGCCUUAUGGGGUUCAAAUAGGCAGUAUCCCUUUUAAGUGACCUUUGCAACCCAAGUGUUACUUGCUUAUUUGAUGCUCUCUUGUAUUUUAAAUCUCAUUUAAAUCUUUGUCUGUGACCAACAAAGCUUAAAUUUUGUCUUAAUUUAAAACUCUGGAUCUAUUCCAUUGAUCAUGUUAGACGUUAAAAUGUUUAAUGGUAUAGUCUGACCUAGUGAAACAAAAUGGAUGUUGUGACUUUUUUAAAAUAAUAGAAUGGAAUGACUAUUUCACUUGCCCAAAAUUUUAAAUAUUUUUUCAUCUAAACUUGUAUUGUUUCCCAUAGCAGAAUGUUAAUAUUCACAGUAUAUUUCUGUGAAGAGCAAACCAAUACAAUAUAUCGAGUGUUGAAAAAAUUCCAGAUUUUUAAAGAAUUAAACAACCCUUACCAAUAGUUUCAUCUACCUUAUUUCUAGUUCACACAGUUAUCUCAAAGAAAUUCCACUGAAACUAAUGGGAUACUGUCUUGUGUAGAUGCCAAUUCAGUUUAUAAUGUGACCUAGUCAAGCUGUCUUUUUGUUGUGUUGUGUGAGUGUCAGAUCAUGCUUUUAGGAAUACUUUUAUUAAAAUGGUGUGCAUUCAUGCAAAAGGCCAACUGGCUUUUGUGAACAAUAGAUUUUUUCUCCCCUUUAUUUUGUUCUCUUGACACUUUUGUGAAAAUUAUCUAGCCUGAUAAAAACAUUUUGUAAAAAUUUGUAUAAUACUGUUAUAAAAUAUUUAUAAUCCCAGAAAAUGUUGUGUUAAAUCUUGUGCAAAAACAGUAUAUUCAGAAUAAAAGUUUAUCAUUUAAAGUCA